AAAAAACCUUUAGAAAAUAUUUUUAAAAACCGUCUUCCCAUUUCUUACCUCCAGAUUGCUCUGAGCACAAACGUACAACCUCUAGAUCUGGCAACACUGGGUAAAUCGGAUGGCAUUGAUUUAAUGAAGGUGUUCACCUAAGACACCAAUUGGUCGAUCGCACCAUCCAUCAAGCACAGGGGCGGGUCAACAUUUCGAAAUGUGUUUCCGCUAUGCACAGAGUGUCUGUGUCUGUGCAGAUUGCACAUGCUCUGAAGUUUAGCGCCGGGUCGUGUUUUUGUAAUAUUUUCUCCCUGAAUGCAUGUGUUUGGCUCCUAAUGUAGUUCGGAUAUUGCAGGCCAGCGAGACAGGUUCAUAUUAAAAGUACAGAACGACAGGACGAGAAGACUGAAAAUGGAUGUCUCGGGUGUAGAGCCAGAUGACGAAUCAUUUCCAUGCCCACAGUGCAAAACAUCCUUUUCUGGGGGGCAGGAGCUGGAGAGGCAUAUGAAGCAAACACACCAUGUGGAGAGACUGAGCGUGACUGCUGGGUCUGAGCUUGGGAAGGGGCUGAGCGACUUGGGAGCCUGCAAGAAAGCAAGCCAGGGGGUCGUCCAUGGAAGACCUGUGUGUAACGAAUGCGGGAAGAGUUUCUGGGACUCCUCAAAGCUUAAAAGACACCAGCGAAUUCAUACAGGAGAGGCCCCGUACGACUGCAGUGAAUGUGGGAGGAGGUUCGGUCGCUUGGAGCAUCUUAAACGGCACCAGUACGUGCAUGCUGGAGACCCCUCCUUUCCUUGCACCGAAUGUGGAAAGUGUUUCAGGGCUCCGGGACGCCUUAGAAGUCACCUGCGAACUCACCCGUGGCUAGUCUUGCACUGGUGUACUAAGUGCGGAGACAGUUUCAGCCAGGCGGAAGAACUUGAGAAACACAAGGCAGUCCACGCCAGGAAGAGCUCGUAUGAGUGUUUGGAAUGUGGGAAGAGUUUCAAGGAGGCUGCGAAACUUAAAAGACACCAGCUUGUUCACUCCAGGGUGAUCUCGUUCCUUUGUUCCGAAUGCGGCCAGGGAUUCAUUCGCUCGGAGCACCUGAAGAGGCAUGAGCUGGUGCAUACCGGAGAGACCCCCUAUCACUGCUCUGAGUGUGGGAGGAGAUUCAGAGACUCGAGAGGCCUCGCCCAGCACAAGCGCAUCCACACGGGGCAGCUGCCGUACAGGUGCGCGGAGUGUGGCAAGAAUUUCAGGGAGAAGGGAAAGCUGAAAAGACACCAGCGAGUUCACACAGGAGAGACCCCCUAUGCCUGUACUAAAUGUGGGCAGAGGUUUGGACGGCAAGAGCAUCUUAAGAAACACCAGCAGGUGCACACAGGAGGACAUGUGAGCACUGAGCAGACAGACCGUUUCGCUCAGUUAGGGGCUCUGGUGUCGCACCAGCACACUCCCGGACUGGAGACUCUGUGUGCUAAAAGGGAAGAGGGUUUGAAAGGAGAACGCGCGGAGCAAAGCAGCGCAAGGGAAACGAAAACGCACGCCUGCACGGAGUGUGAGAAGAGUUUCGCUCGGCCAGACCAUCUUAAAAGACACCAGAAAACUCACACGCAGGACCAUCGCUGUGCUAAGUGUGGGAAGGGCUUUCCAGAGGAGUGGAGACUUAAAGAACACCAGCGGACUCACAUGAGGGAAGUGCACGAGUGUAGUGAAUGUGGCAAGAAUUUCAAACGGUCAGACUAUCUUGAAAAACACCAGCAGAGCCACAAGGGAGAGAAUCCUUAGUGCUGUACCGUAUACUGGAAGGGAUAAUUUAGGAAGCAUUAUAAACUACCAACUAGUGUAGCUGCACCAACAGAGAACAUGCACUGUAAUAAAUAUAGUACUGAACAAGGGACAAAAGUGUUAAGAACUUACAAACAAUUAGAAUAAUGUAUUCCCUUUGCAGAUAUCGUUGAUUCACUGUACUUACAUGUAGACUAAUGUGUGUGUAUAUAGGAAGGAAUUUGUUAUUGGUGCGAAACCCGAAAUAAUGAUAAAAAACAACAAAGACACGACUGCAGGCAUUUCCAGGUACAAACAAAUAAACAUGCCUUUCCACUGGUGUGGCUAAGAUUGAAUGAAAUGUUAAGCCCUGCAUCAGGAAUGAGAUAAUCCGAGGAUGCAACAUGAUGAUGUUUAUACCAGAUGCACCUCGAAUGCAUCUGGGUUGUAAAAAGAGGAAAAAACAGAGGGUCACCAUUCACACUCUGUUCAUGGGAGCCAUUUCAAACUCGAUUCAACGCACCUUCAUACAAAGAGCAAUCGCUCCCUAGAAUUUCUGAGAGAACCAUUCGUUAGCAAUCGUAGUAAACUACCGGACGAGAUAGAUACAGAACAGCCUUAUUAAAUAGAAUGCUGCAGGCUCAAACCUUCCUAUUCAUCUCUACACAGUGUGACAAUAGCAAAUACUCACUUUAAACAGGCAAUGGAACGCAGCUGUACUGUGAUGCUUUCUGUGCUAUUAAUAGAAUGAUAUUAUAGUACAGGACAUACGCAAAUGUUUUGUUACAUUUAGUAAAAAAAAUAUUUUUUUAAAAAUGAUUCAAGAAAGUCCUGGUUGUUGUUUGUUUAUUGCACAAGUUGUCAAUUCUAUGGCAUAAGGACUAGACAGUGAUUAAAAUGUUUGCGAGUGACACAUAGAUUUACUUAGUGGCUGGCUUUAUUAUUUAUUUCUUAGCAGAUGCCCUUAUCCAG